AUGCAGGCACAGGAACGUGUGGAGGACCGGCUCCUGGCGCUGCUUUGCGACGACGACGCGGGGCACGACGCACACGCGCGUCGGAGGCGCGACCUCGAGGCGGCGCUUGCGGAGGCGCUCAACGACAUCAUCGGCGUCCCUGAAGGGGCGAGCGGGGCGGAGGUGCUUGCAUGCGUCCGCCGCUCUGUGAGCUCCUUCAUCGCGGCCCCAACGCCCGCGCCGCUGGAGAUGUUCUUCUUGCGCAUUGUGGCGCUGGUGCACUGCCACAGUGCCGUCGCCGCGGAGGAGGUGGGCGCGGCGGCGCUUCCGGCAGCGACGAAGACAGCCGCGAUUGCCGUCGCCGCCGCCUUCUUCUCGCGACGGCUGCGCGGGGCGUGUGCGGAGCCAGAUAAUGGCGCUGGGGAUAAUAGUAAUAAUAAUGGUGCUAAUAACAGUGCCGGGUCGGAGGCUGGGGAGACGGCCGCGCAGCUGCAGGCGCCACGCUCCUUGUGGUUUUGCUUUCUCUGCGUGUUUCUCCAACAGCUCUCUGCGAGAGGCGGCGACUUUGCGGCGUGGCAGCAGUUCUUCCGCCACUGUGCGGCGCAGCAGCAGCAGUCGACGACGACGAUGAAAGGCGCCCCCAGGCAGGGAGGUGCCCAAGACGCAGAGGACGGCAGUGCGAGUGCGGGGGACGUCAGAGCCGAGCAGCUGGCCCUGGCGGCGUGGGGCGCGGUGUCGGCGGAGACGUUCAACGCCACAGUCGCCAGGACGCGGUUUCGCCGCACCGCGAUUUUAUGCAAGUCGUUUUGUCCGCACCUCGUCGCGCAGGCGCCCGGGACAACGUACCAGCUGCUGCACACCCUGCACGCCUUCAUGUCGGACUGGGUGAGGCUGAAAAAGGGGGCACGCGGCGAAAAUGCGGCAAAUGACGCGGCGGAGGAGGCCAUCGUGGGGCGGCACAGCGAUGAACUGGGGCGGCUGCUCGGGGAGGGCCAGGUGCACAGCUUCCUGUUGAGCACCGCAAUUGGGGCAGUGCUGAGCUCCACGUACAUUCUCUCAACUCGCGGGGUUCGAGGUGGGGAGGCAACGCGGUGGCAUCUGACACGACCAGCUGCGGCGUGGGAGACUGAGACGCACUGGUGUCAGACGCACUUUCCACCUAUCGGCAGGCUGCUCGAGCGUCUACACCUUCGAGACCUCCUUGGGGUGCACCUCUUCACCUUCUGCAUGCAACUUUGCAUUGGGCUUUCCCCCACACAUCACACGGAGGGUCGGCAGAAGUUGGCCAUGUAUUUGUACCUGACAGGCGUCUGCCGCCUGCGUGUUGCACUCGCCAUUUACCACUUCGCCACCUCGCAGCUCCCGCAGAGCACGUCGGAGGCCGCAGCGACGGUGUUCCCUGGCGAGGACCUCGCCGCUCUUACGGCGGCCGUCGACGAGCACGUGCAGGCGGCGUACAGUGAGCUGAUUUUUGCUGCUGUGGAGGCAGGCGGCGCGCGUCGGCGCCAGCGCAACAGUGCGGCUGCGGUGAGCACCGAGCACGCGAAGGAGGAGGAGGGACGCAUUCCAGUGCACGGGGAGUUGACGGGGCCGCGCUUCUCAAAGAUGGUGUUCCCCGUCCCCUGCCCAAAAUGGGGACCGUAUCUCGCAGAGGCGGGACCCACAGGAGCCACGAAGACGCCGGCAGCAACGGCAGCUGCAUCGACGUCUUCAAGCAGAACACCUGCGGGUGCGGCAGGCGCCUUUGCGAGGCAGGCGGCCUCCGCACAGAGUUUGACCCCCUGCCGCUUUGUGUUGGAGUUGUGUGAGAUGGGGCUUCCGGGACUCAUGGCGGAGACCAUCACGCAGCUGCAGGCCGAGAUGGGCGUCAACGUCUGUCUGGCUCCGUCUGCCGCCAUGCCAGGCGUAGGCAGCAUUACUAGAAAUGUUUUGCAGCGGGUUCAAGCGGUGCUUCGCGGCAAGGAGGAGGACAGCGAGGUGGAUGGAAGCAAUGGCGCGAGCACGUGCAGGCGAUAUGCAUUUUCGGCCCCGCUGCGGGCCCUUGAAGCGUACUUUCCACUAUUGUCAACUAUCUGCGCCUACGUCGCCUCCCAAGAGUUUCUUUGCGCUGUGGUGGAGACCAUCACCCGCGAGUGCGCGCGGCUCCUGCAGCUCGUGCGUGGGCAGGAGCAGGCGGAAGAAACGGACUACGCCGUGGCGUCUCGCAGCGCGCUGGGAUUGGCGGAACGGUAUCUGAUUCGUGUGGUGAUGCCAUGCAUGCGCGUGCUGGCGCCCUCGCCAAUUUUGUACAGCCGCGUUCAAGCGCUGCUGCUUCUCAUGAAAGAAAAGGGGCCAGGCGUGCACUUUGGCACGAACCCUGCCGAAUUUCUGCACACGGAGAGUUGGCUACACUGGCUGCUGCGUCCCUCGUCGGUCUGCUAUCGUGCCCCGCACGACGUCCUUCGCUCGAAGGAGCUUGAAGCCCUUUUUGCGCAAUCGCUAAAGCGCAUGACCCAGUCGAAUGUGGCUCAGUAUAGAAAAGUGUUGCAGCCCGCCAUUUACGCGAAUCCGCUGCUGGUGGCGGAGAAGCUCUUUCAGCAGGCGGUGGGGUACGGGAACAACUUCCUGCAGGUCCACACGCAGCUGCUGAAGGGCGCUCCGGCGGCCAUCCUCACACUCGUCGUCCACGAAGGCCUGUCGGUGAUGCGGCGCUACGCGGAGGCGGAGCGCGUUGGAACCGCGGACGCAAACCGCGUGGGCCUCGUCGCAACGUUUCUCUCCGUGCUCUGGCGCGACAACCCACACAGUCUUGACGGUGGUGUGUUGCUGCGGGCGGCGGAGUACGCGCUGCGCAGGGAGGCCCGUGCCUCGAUCGUCUUUGGUCUGGAGCUGCUGCAGUCCGUCCUGCAUGAGAUGCUCGGCCGCACCCUCGAGCACGAGGAGCAGUACAGCGUGGCGCAGGCAAAGGCGCUUCUUGCCCCGCCCACGACGCAGUGGUUUGCCAGAGGCGCCGCCGAGUCCUUCCGUCGCGGCCGCUGGGACACGUUUCUCACCCCUGCCCUCUUGGGCGACGCCGCCGCACGGCUUCGACGGGCCCUGCAGGAGACGUGUCAUGUGCCGGUUGAGAACACCGAGGCGGUGGAGGCGGCGGAAGCCACGUGCGAGACGAACACGCAACAACCGCCGCGACAGCAACACGAGGAAGCCGGCGCCGCCACCGUCAACUUUACGCUUGGGCAGUGCCUCUUGUUGCACCUCUGCCGGCUGCACAGCAGAAUCUACACGGUGCAGGCGGAUCUGGCGGGGACGAUGCAGAUUGUGCUUCUCACCUGUGCGCGGGACUACAAUGUGGUCAAUGACCUGCUGCUCUGCAUGGAGACACUACUCCCGCAGGGGCCGCCAGAGGAGGAAAUCUUCAUGGUUGCCAUGCCACACGUUGCGCUACGCCUCACGGCCCGCUUUGCCGCAAAGGAGACGCAGCGCACGGCGUCCAAUGGGAAACCGGUUUCAAGCGUCGACGCUCUCUUCAAUGUCACACCGUGUGACGUGAUGAACCAUGUGGAAACCGCGGUCUCCGUCAAGGCAAUGGAUGGUGUCAUUCCCUUUUCAAUUUUAAGGACACUGUCCCACUACACAGCAGCUCACUUUGUGUUUGAUGAAUCCGUGUACAGUGCGGCGUCGAAGGAGGUGAACCAGUUCUACGCGCACGCCACCGCCCUCGUCCGAGCGAAUACGAACACCGGCAGUGAGCCUAGCGGAGGCAGCGGCAACAGCCACAACAGCACCGGCAGCAGGCUGAGCACCGACCCUUCUAUUCACUGGCUUCAGGAGCAGACGCGGCAGAUACGGCUGGAGAAGGAGGCCCAUCAAGCGCUGUACCAGCACUGUGAGGCGGCACGGGAGGAGUUGCGUGACGAGCUGCGUCGCAGCGGGGUGCUUUCCGAGCCUGUGGCGUUUGCCACCUCCUACCUGCUUCCACGCGCCCUCCUCAGCCUGGAGGACACGCUGUUUGUGUACCACUUUAUGAAGUGGCUGCUGAACACCAGUAAAGCAGCCGGUGGCGGCGAGGGGGGCGUGAGUGCGGACUACGACCGCGUCGUUGACGUUGCGCUUUCCCUGAUCACCGCCACCAUGACUUUUUUCGUCGGCUUCACCGACGGCGAGUGCAAGCGGGUGGGUUUGCUGCUGGCGCUGCUGCGUGCCGCCCUGCACGACACCGUUGUGGAGGUCCCCUCCCUUCCGUCUGUGGGCAGCGCCGCCGCCGCCGCCGCCGCCGCGGGUGGAGUCGCGGAGCUCGCCUCGCCCCCCGCGACGCUCACGACGGAGGCGUUGCUGGCGCUGCUGGAGCCAAAGCCGCGGGCGCUCGCGACUAUUUUUGCUGCACACGCGACGGUGGCUGCCGCUGCCGCGCCACGAGGCGCGUCUCGGGCAGAAGCGGAGUCCGCUGGUGGGAGGGACGCGGUGCAGGAAUUGCAAGACGCCGUCCCGGCAUUCACGACGCAGCUUGACGCCUACUUGUGCCGUGCGCUCGUGCACAUCCUUCUGCAUCAGCGUGACGUUGCCUUCCUCCACCGCAACGCCUUCCUUGUGCUGGAGCGUCUCACAAAGAACACGCCUGCCUUUCCCUCAACGUUGUGCGCCACGCAGUGGCUGAUGCAGGCCAUUGCUCCACACGCCGUGCGGAGUUCCACCUGCUACGCCUCAGCAACGGCGGUGCUGAAGGUGCUGACAGAUAAUCAGCACCGCAUGAAGCAGAGGCUGGACACGUUGCUCGCGCGGCAUUGCAUGCCGGCGGGCCAACCGAGGGAGCAGGGAGUGGAAAAGGAGGUAGAGGCAUGGCACCAGCUCUGGAAGACGCGGGAGGCGUACACUCGCGCGCUUCUUUUGGAGGACAUGGCAGCUGCUGAACGGCGAGGUGGCGCGGAACCCGUCGCCCCCGCUGGCGGCGGCGUGGCGGGUCUGCCGGCCGAAGAGAGCGUCGAGGAUGACUCUGCAGACGCUGAGGAGGUGGUGGCGGCAGCCGCGGACGAAGACGAGGAGGAGGAAGAAGAGGAGGAGGAUUACGCAAGCGGGACUCCCAUGGACCAUGCGGAGGAGCAGGGCGCUGGGGAACCGCAAGAGGCGGCAGAAGCGGAGGAGGUGGCAAGCGAUCGCAGCGAGCCGCGCAGCUUUUCCCCAACGGAUGGCGCCGACGAGGCAGGCAGCGACGCCUGCAGCCGCCACCCCCAGGACGAGGAGGCGGCUGAGGAGUCAACUCCCCCCACGGGCGGUCGCGUCAACGACGCGGAGCUCUCCGUGGGCAGCCACCCCACCCCAACCGCAGGUGAAGGCGGGGGCGAGGCAAAGGAGGCGGGACGAAAGCGCAGUCGUGGGGAGGAGGAGGAUGCGGCGGCGGCGGACGCCAGCGAGGGCCCGUCGAGGCGGGUGAGCCGGCUGGAAGCGCAUAGGAAUGAGGAGGAGGAAACUAAUUAG